GGCGACUGCUUUAGUAGUCUGGCUGCUGAAUGAGGUUCGUCGAGCAGUAAUGCGCGUUGGAUACCGGGGUUUUGGCUGAUGAGAAGAGGACACCUGUCUGAGCUUUCCGAGGAUUUCAUUUUGCGAACAGAGACAGGGAUUGAGAACAGUUCACACGCGCAAGGCGCAAAAUGAGGCGAUUUGUUUUAAUAUAUAUUUUGCUCGUUGCGGAUUUUCACCCAGUCCUCAAUUCACCGAUUCUUGGAUCAAAAAAUAAUCCCAGACUUGUCAUCAAAGAUAUACUCAGUGGUGGGUUCAAAUACCAAGUCCAUCAGAACCACAGUGUGUUCUUCUACCAUGAGGACUCUGAGGAGAUGUAUGUUGGAGGGACUGAUUUUGUCUUGAAACUUGAUGCAGAUGACUAUCAUGUUAUAGAGAAAUUUUCUCUGAAAAUCCCGGGGCAACAGCAGUGCAAAGAGGGCCAAUGUGAAAAUGUCAUCACAGUGAUCGAGAAGUUUCAAGACAGCCUCUUUGUCUGUGGCACAAAUGGACACAAACCACAGUGUUGGAAGCUGUUUUCUUCGGUGAACAACCAGUCAAACGAAAUCGUGGAGAGCUAUGAGGGGACAGGCAUUUCUCCAUUUGUGUACACGCAUAACUCCAUCUCCCUCACAGUAGAGGGGGAUCUAUAUUCAGCAGCGCCUUUGGAUACAGAUGGAAGCUCAUUACAAUUCAGAAGGAAAGCUGGCAGCAGAACGAAUGUGUGGAUGUAUGACAACUGGGUCUCAGAGCCCACCUUCAUCUCUGCGUCCUGGGUGAGGCGGAGAGAGGACCCUGACAACGAGAAAAUCUACAUUUUUUUCCGUGAAAAGAACUCCGAUAACAACCCGGAGGCCGAUCCCUGGAUAUCGAGGGUUGCCAGAGUCUGUAAGGUAGAUGAAGGUGGAUCAAAAAGAUUCUUCCAGAACAUAUGGACAUCUUUCCUCAAGGCCCGGCUUGUUUGUGGGUUUCCAGACGAGUCGCUCUAUUUUAACCGCCUCCAAGAUAUAUAUGUGAUGCACGCUGACGACUGGCACGACACCAGAGUCUAUGCCCUUUUCACAAGCAGCUGGAACUCCACUGCAGUGUGCAUCUACACAAUACAAAUGAUAGAAGAUAUAUUUGAGAACUCAACUUUCAAGGGCUACGACAAUGAGAUUCCCAAACCAAGGCCAGGAACGUGUGUGAAAAACAGCAGGACCCUGCCACUGGCCACUGUCAAUAUGGUAAAAGAUUACCCAGAGAUGACUCACUGGGUUCACUCCAUACAUUAUUCCGCUCCAUUUUAUGUAAGCGGCAACAACUAUACCAAGAUAGUAGUGGACCGUGUUCUUGCAUCAGACCAGCGCAUGUAUAACAUUCUGCUUCUGGCUACUGAUUCUGGAAAGAUCCAUAAAGUCUUAGAGGCCGGAUCAGAACCUUUCAUCAUCUCUGAAACCCAACUCUCCAGCCGAUCCAGCAUUCAAUCAAUGAAGCUUGACUCCAAAAAGAAAAAAUUAGUGGUGGGUUUUUCGGAGAAAAUUUCCAUUAUGGACCUUCAGAGGUGUGAGGAGAUCAAGUCCUGUGAUGAAUGUGUUCUGGCACGGGAUCCGUACUGUGCCUGGAUGAAGUCUGGAUGCACCUCGACUCUCACUGGGGGCAUUCAAAAUGUCAUUGAUGGGAACAGAAGUGCGUGUCCUCCACCAGUCGGAGAACAAAGACAAGGAAACCGGACCAGACGAGAGACAGUUUCACCAUUACCACUGGAUUUGGGAACGACUCUCUCGGUACCCCUGGGUAACCCUUGCUAUCUGACCUGUCCUAUAGACUCUUAUCAUGCUGUCUACACCUGGGAGCACAAUGACCAGAGGAGCCCUUGUCUGCAAAUGGAGUCCAACUGCCUGCACCUCAUUCCUAAUGUGGCACAAGAGCACUAUGGCAGCUAUCGGUGUGUUUCUGAAGAGAAAAACUACACCAAAGUGGUGAGAACGUAUCAGGUUGCACAGCAAAUAAUCCAAGACACAAAUGAAAACACUGACCGAAGCAAUACCCCCUUCUUAAGAAAUGAUGCAUCAGCUGUCGUGCCGCAGAUAGUAUGGAUCACUCUUGGACUGGCUGUAACGGUAUUAGGGAUGUUCAGAUAGGGUGUGCACCAAUGACUGUUUCAACUUUACACCCCUUACCCUUUGGAAAGCUUUUCUGUUGGUCCAGCCACAUCCUCAGGCCCUUUGUCCUUGCCAUUGCUCUCAUGCUAGGAUGCAGGCAGCAUUAAAGGAAAUCCACUUUAACACCAAUAAGGCCUGCAACGGCAGGAACACUCCCACCGACAACCUAAAUCCUUAUUUGUGCAAGUGUUCAAAAGCUGUGUUUGGCAGAAAGGUCUACAGGAACAAGCCAAGUUUCGUUUUAGAAGAGAAGCCAGAACAGGAAGAGGUUGGUGUUUUUGAGGGAGAAAGCAGCAGAGGCAGUCAGCAGCUCGAAUGAUCUGAGGGGCCCCAACAGUGCCUAAUGAUGAUCAGUCAGUGAUGUCAGCAAUGUUCAUAGAGUGAGUACAUCUCAUUCCUUUGAGAUAAGGGAAAAAGGGGAAGGUGUAGGUCGCAAUCUGGAGGAGUUCUUUGUCAAAACAGAGGCACACCUUUAAAACGUUUUGAUCAUACGUGCAAAAGCUUCAGGUCAGAGAGCCAUAGAUAGAACAGUUCACAGUAAGUAGGUGUGGUGUCGGAGAAGUAAUGUGAGAACGUGUUGAGGCCAGCUUGGUCUACUAGAGGUCAGAAAAAAAUGUAAAGUUCCUGUGGACAUUUCCUCUGUGCCCCGCUCCAGUGCACUGCUGACUGAUUAUUUGUAUCAGGGUGUUUAGGGAAGGGUGGAGGCAGCAAGGGACCCUCACUGAAUUUCCCUGUUUUGUUCAGCGCUCCCACUUGUGUAACAGUCAGUGGUGAGAGAGGCGUUUGGGAAAAUGUGCACAACCAUAAGCACCUUGUUUCAUUUUCACACAGAUUUUGGCAACAAAAAAAAGUAAAUGUCUUUGCAUUUUGCAUUUACACACUGAAACAUCAAUGUUAGCUGCAGUGUGAGCAAUAGAUAAGUCCCACAUUCCACCUGACGUAGAGCAGAUUUGAGAUGGUUGUUGAAAGUGAGAGUUUCGCACAUGUCUGUCAUUCAAGUUUUAUAUGAGCUGCUUUUCUAGUCAGUUACUUAUGUUAAAGCGAGACUUUGUUACUGUGUCAAACAGCAGCCGCUUAUGCCACAAUUAAUAAUUACAGGAUGCUGAAACAUAGUGCAACAGCAGCCAAUGCUGAGAAAAGUUGGAGAAUCUACUUCAUCAUAUCCAUCAUAGAGCAAUAGCUGGCUAAAGUUUGCUAACAUGAGUCAACAUUUAGCAACCAAAAGCAGCAGAUCCUGAGUGUACUUAAUGAAGCAGCGGUGUGUUUUAUUUGUUACAAGUUCAACGUUUUAUUUGUAAAAGGAAGAACUUCUUUCAAAAGUUACAUAGUUUCGAUUUGGAAAUAGACACUUUUUUUUUUUUGCUUUAACUUACCAAUAUGAAGUAAAUACUGAUUGUAUGAUGUAAUGGCUAUUGAAUAAUAACACCAUCUUCAUUUUGACUGGUCACCUAUAAGCCACACUUUGACUAUGCAACACCACCGUGUACAGUCUCCAGGGAAAAUGAAGCUCAACAUGACAGCACAAAGGAGGUGUGUCGACCAUUGUGCAGCCAAAACAGGAAGGGAACAGUGCUUUUGUUUUGGUGGGAACCAAAAUGCAGCAUGUCCUUUGCUCUUUGUAGCUGCUCACCGCUGAGGAAAAUGGAAUUGUAAUCAGGUUGUCUUUGCGACAUCAAAAAUAAUACCACUUGAAAAUGCCAGGGGAAGAAAAGUUGUAAAGUUGUCCAUUUCCACUUUAAACAAGACAUUUUCCCUUAUAAAAAUGUUUAAAAACCACUAAGAUAUAUAUUUAUUAUGUUAAUAGUAUUUUUGGUACAAUCUUUUGUGUUUCAUACUGGAGAUUUUUAUAUUUGCAAUAUGUGUCCUUAUUAUUUAAAAAACAGUAUAUUUUUUCAUAAUGAUAACGUCAAAAUGCUACCAGAAGAAUGUAUGUGAUUAUUAUUGAUUUCCUGCUUGUUAGAAUAAAAAA